GUUUUUUAGGACUACUAAGUCACUAGUGACUACUUACUUCGACAGUGAGAAUCUGGGAAAAUCGUGGUUUCAACUGGUUUGCCUAUUUUUGGACUUUUUUUUGUGGAUGUAGAGCAGUGUUUUAUACGUUUCCUCAGCAGUCCGUCUGAAGGAAUAAUCUGAACUCCGCCGAUAAAUUCAUGAUAGAUUCUGUCGACGUUCACGCGAACCCAGUCAACAUGUAACUUCGUGUCAGAAAACAUCGCGUGAUGCAUAGUCAUGGAUUAUUUUAGCUCUGUUCCGAUAGAAGAUUAUCUAUGAAACAUGAAUUAACUGUUAACACAGAAGUUUUCGCUGUAAAGAUCCUCCCAGUCCUGUCAGUAGAAUUGGCAUGGAGAAAGAAAGCGAAAAUGGGGAGUCUAAUCAAGAAGAGCGCAACCAGAAGGAGCCUGCGAGCGAUGUUAACAACGCUCCCCUUUCAAAUCCUGCUGAUGGACGAAGCACUCCGGAUCAGAAAAAGAAGAUUCCGGUGGAAUCGCUCGGAAAGGACGAACUGGUUCAGCAAUGCAAGAAGCAAAUGCUCUUGCUGCAGAAGAUGAAGGCGCGAUAUGAUGAUCUGCAACAGAAGCAUACCGAUCUCACGCAGCAGCACGAUACCUGUACCCAGCUUGCCACGGAACACCAAUCCGUCCUCCGUCGGGUAUCCGCCCUCGAAGCUGACCUCAAAUCCGAACGGGAAAUUCACCGUAAGACCAAAGAGCAGGUAGCCCGCCUCUCGCAACAUUCCGUCGCCGAACUGGAAAUCCGCGAUUACACUCGCACCAUCGACCAGCUGAACGAGAAGCUGACAGUGAAGGAUAACUGUCUGGUGCGCGCCACGGAGCAGCUGCAUAAACUGGAAAAGCAGGUGGAAGAAAAGGAUGCCAUGAUCAAUGAGCAGGAUUCCCGUAUCAUGCAGCUAGCGGAGCGCUGUUCAGAGUUAGAAGUCACGAUUGUGGAAAGUCGAAAGGAAUGUCUGGAACGCGAGAGGGAGAUCGGUGCGCUACGGGAUGAUGCCAUACAGCUAAAGGAACAAAUGGCAGCUUUAGAGGGAAAGAUGUCUGAUCAGGAAAACAAUCAGUCUGAGAUAGUUAAGAAUCAUUCCGAAUUACAGAAAAACUUGGAGGUUGAGCGGCGACUGGUUGCCCAGAAGAACACGGAGAUUUCCCGCCUAACAGUUGAUCUGUCACAUACCAAAACCCAGCAUGAGCACAUACUGAAGGAUUUUGAGGAGUACAAAGUGCGAGCGCAGGCGCUUCUAAAACAGCAGAAAGGCUCGAGCGAUCGAGCCACCCAUCAGAAGGAGCUGGACGAGCUGACGGGUCGUAUCAUGGAUCUGGAUGCAGAGAUUACAACAUUGAAGAUACAGAACGAGGAUUUGUCGGCGGAGUUGAGCCGCGAACGGCUCGCGACGGAGGCCGGCAAACGGUCAUCGGAAGCCGAGCGUAUCCGGUGGGAAAACAGUCUUCUGGAAUGCGAAGAGCGUAUUCGGGCGCUGGAUUAUGCGAAAGAAUCCGCCCAUCAGGAUUAUCGGAAAACGCUCCGACUGCACGAAUCGGAGAUGUCCGCUUUGAAGGAUCUCCAUGCAUCGACCAAUCACAAACUGUUGGAAGAAAUGCGUGCUCUCCGCCAGGAAAACGAAUCCCUUCGUCACAAUCAGCGUCCCGCGACGCCGGUGGAGAAGCCCGACUCCACGAACGAUCCUCCGCUACGUCGCAGUGAAUCCCUGGAACUGAACGACGUCUUCGAUACCGGUGCACCGGACGCAGAAUCCUCGGGCUCAUCGGAACUACCAUCAUUCCAUCGCACCAUCAGUGUCUCUGCUAGUGAGAUUGUCGCCGUCCCACCGCUGGAAAAACUAAUCGCCAUCCCUCCUUCCAGCGCCGACCAAAAUGACCACAAGCGGAUGAAGCAUUUAUCGGAACUGCUGCACGAAAGCGAGAACACCAAUGUCCGCUUGAGUGAGCAGAUCAAGGUGCUAAAGCAUGAGCUGCGGAGGACGGAGAGUAAUACGGAACGAGAGAAACACGCGGGGUCGAUGGAAUAUUUGAAGAAUGUUUUAAUGAAGUUUCUUACGCACCGGGUCGCACAGGCCGAACAGGAGAAACUGAUCGAAGUGAUGACGACGAUACUGAAGUUAACGGUGGAGGAGCGCCAGCAGCUGGCUAAGGCGGGAGCGGCCAGCUACAUUCCGGAGAAUGUCAGGGCGUGGGGUGCCUAUUUGAAUCCGUGGAAAGGCAAAGAAAGUUGAGGAGCAGUGUUUGGUGGUUUUUUGGUACGGUGAGGAAAAGAAUGUUAUCGCGGAUGUAGGUCGUCUUUCAGUUUGCGUAAAUGGUUAAUUUUCUAGGGAUAUCAGUGCCUUAUUGUGAAAUUUGAAGCUUUUUUGUUGGUGUGAAUUCAGAAAAUAUUUAUGUGCUACCUUUCUGGGGCUUAUUUUGUGCUCAAAGAGCCACCUAGUUUGGUAGAUUGGUCGCUAAUCUGUUGAUCUAAGCUUUCAGUUUUGUGCUAGUGAACUUGUACGUAGUUACUAUUAAAGGUCAACAAGUGGAAUAGCGCAAAUUGCUAU